AUGUGCGCCGCCAGCCAGGGACUGCUUUUAGCACCCAGCAAGGCCACCACCACCAUCCGCAUCGCCAACUGCUCCGGCGCGACACCCGACCCGGGCCAGAUCAUGCUGACCCAGGCAACUGCGCACCGGCUGCCCCCUUUCGGCACCCAGCAUCAUGGCAGCGGCAUGGACGUGAUUACGGGCGACUACCUCGCCGAGGCCAACCUCGCCGAGAACGCAGAGGCCUUCCGCGCAGGCAGGCACCCCGGGUGGGUUGCGUCCGCGCUCACGGGGAUAGAGCUGACCCUGGGCGCGGUGUUUGCGAGGCAGGGGCGGCUCAAGAUCAUUGUGAACGGCGGGGGCUUGAACCCGAGGGGCCUGGCGCUGCGGGUGCAGGAGCUGGUGGACCAGGAGGUGGCUUACGUGGAUGGGGAUGAUUUGCUGGCGGAUGUGGAUGGGAUCUUGCGAGGUAGGCCUGGGGAGGAGGAGGAGCGGGCGAGAAUGCUCCAUCUUGAUGACGGGAACGAGCAGGUUUGCCUCACCAAGGAUGCAGAGGACUUGUUCGGCUCCAACGAGGAAGACGAUACAGAUGGCAAGAAAGAGAUCGUCGCGGCAAACGCCUACCUCGGCUGCCGGGCCAUCCGCACCGGGCUCGAGCUCGGGGCCGACAUCAUCAUCUGUGGGCGCGUUGCCGACGCCUCGCCCGUCAUGGCCGCGGCCCAGUGGUGGCACGGCUGGGAGGACAGCGCAUACGACGAGCUCGCCGGCGCCCUGGUCGCGGGCCACUUGAUCGAAUGCUCGACCUACGGCACGGGGGCCAACUUUGCGGGCUUUGACGACCUGAUGGCGAUGCCUGCUGCUGCUGCUGCUUCUGGGCCGGACGGACAACCACGAGCAGCAGGCCCAGAACGACUCUGGGACCUCGGCUGCCCGAUUGCAGAGAUUGACAGCACGGGCGAGUGCGUCAUCACCAAGCACGAGUCCCUGAACGGGUUCGUCACCGAGGAGGUGGUCAAGUGCCAGCUGCUGUACGAGCUGCAGGGCAACAUCUACCUCAACAGCGACGUCAAGGCGGACCUGCACGCCAUCACAGUCCAGCAGGUCGGCCCCAACCGAGUCCACGUCCGCGGCGCGCAGGGUCACCCGCCCCCGCCGACGACCAAGCUCGCCGUCUUCUACAAGGCCGGCUGGCAAGGGGAGAUGACGGUCAACGGCAAUGGCUACGCCGUCGACGAGAAGUACGCGCUCCAGGAGCUCCAGGUGCGCAGGCAGCUCGCGGCGUGGGGGAAGCUGGACUGCCUCGACGUCCUCGAGUUCCAGCGCGUCGGGGUGCCCGCGCGGAAUCCCCGGACCCAGCUCGCCGGCACGACGGCGCUGCGCAUCUUUGCCCAGGCGUCUGAUGAUGAUGGUGAUGGCGGCGGCGGCGGGCCGGACUCGGUGCGCGCGGUGGUCGCGGCGUGGAGCCACGUCUUUAUGCAGCACUUCCCGGGGAUGCACUGCUCGCUGGAUCUGAGGCUGAUGGCGGUGGCGGUGCCGUUCCUGGGGUAUUUUCCUGCCGUGGUGGAGCAAAGCAGGAUCGCAGAGGCUGUGAAUUUGCUGGGUGGAAAAGGAGGCGAAGUGGUCAAGAGGGUCGUGGUUGGGCCGCCGAAGGUGACGGAGAGGUUGGUACCGAGGCUCAGCUACGAUACCAUGAAGCCGUGCGAGUUGGGCAUCUUUGGGCCAACAGAGACGGUUCCCUUGGGCGACAUAUUGCUGGCAAGGUCUGGCGACAAGGGCGCGAAUGUCAAUGUUGGCUUCACGCCCCGAGCCCGUCUCAGCAAGGACCCAGAAGUGUGGGAGUGGAUGCAGAGUUACCUCACGACUGCAAGGAUGAAGGAGAUGAUGGGCGACGACUGGAAGGACGAGUACCAUGUCGAGAGGGUCGAGUUUGCAGACAUCCGUGCCGUGCACUAUGUAGUGUAUGACGCCCUCGGCAGAGGCGUCAGCAGCUCCGCGAGGCUCGACAGUCUGGGCAAAGGGUUUGCCGAGUGGCUGCGGGCGGUCCAUGCUCCGGUGCCGAUAAAGUUCUUGAAACCGCGCCUCUGGGAGAGAAGCAGGCUGUAGUUUACGCUUCUUCGGGGCGGUCCCCAUGGUUAAGAGUAGCUUGUUGGUCGCGAGCACGGCUGCCAUCGCUAUUUUGACGCCCAAAC